AUGGAUUUAAGCGUCGAGGAGUACAUCGAUGUCCUCUUUUCGAAAGAGUCGACGGAAAAACCAUCAGACACAAAAAAACCUGAAGAGUUGGAGAUGAGGAUACCGGAAUGGUACGAUGAAAAAAAAUUUAACCAAGCUCGACGAUUUUAUUGGGACCAUUGUUUUCAAUUCAGUAAUUCAAUGUUGGUGGGUCUUGUUGCGGUAUUCGCAGUACCCUCAAUACUCAAAAUCCUUAUAAGUACUAGAAGGUCUAACUCAGUGUACACAUCAUAUAAAAGAUAUUUAUCUACGGUCCUUCACACUGUGUCUUGGUUUGAACACGAAUUUAAGCCUGGAAGUAUAUCUUGGAAAUCAUUAAUGGCAGUCCGCACUCGACACGUAAAAGCGAGUUUAGCAUCCAAAAUUAAGGGAGUAGGAAUAAUCUCUCAAAGGGAUUUGGCCAUAACUCAAUUUGGAUUCAUCGGUAUAUCAUUAUUAAAGCCAGAUAAGUUCGGCAUUCAGCAACUACAACCAGGUGAUUGGGAGGCCUAUAACCAUUUUUGGAGAACGAUCGGCUACGCUAUCGGCUUAGAAGAUAGGUACAACAUUUGUCGAGCUACUUUCAAAGAGACCCAAGAAGUUUGUCAUAUUCUCAAAGAUCGUGUAUUCAAACCGUGUUUAACAAAUGUACCAGAAUAUUUUGAGCACCUUUCGCGUUGCUUGCUUGAUGCUAUGUGGUGUGUUAAUCCCACGAUUAACAUUGAUGGAUUGCUGUAUUUGACGAAGCACCUUAUGGAUGUGCCUGGCUACAUUUAUACGGAAACAGAAAGGGCCAACUUACAAGACAAAAUAAAAGAUAUGCUUGGCGGACAGUCUGAAGAUAUAGGAGUCGAUGUCAACAGAUUCAUAUUAGAACCGGCCAUAGAGGGAUGUCCUAAACCAACGUCUAGGCUUCUAUACCUACGCCACUAUGAUAGUAUCGAAACUAUCCCCGAAUAUCAAAGUCUGCCUUUCGCUGGCAAAUAUAGAUUAGCUAUAAUCACCCUAUUUUCUGCAUUCUAUACGACUUACUGGGGAAGGUUAUAUUUAAACAUAAACUUUAAAGUCACUAUAUUUCUCCUAAAAUAUUUUCCCUUUUUGGCGUUCCCGCGAUUCGGGUAUUUUGCUUCAUUUGUUAAUGUUUUUGAAGAAGACCCGACUGAUGAUACCGUGGUCAAACCAAACUCGGAAUAUUAUAAACCAAAACCUAAAGAACCAUGGUAUAAAGCAUAUCUACCGUUCUAA